AUGAAGGGCUUCAUUGGUGGAAUCCCCAUCGCCUUGCUGGCUAUUGCCGCGCAGGCCAUGGAGCAUGGCCCUGGCGACGCCAACGGCGAUGUUGCUCCUCUGGGUGCGACUGUCAUCGGCGGGCCUUCUGGCAAUGAUGCGGACGGUGGCUUCGACUUUGGUGUCAAUGUUCAGACCAAGACCAAUGUCGACGAGUAUAGCAAAGAUGACCACUCCAUUAAGGUCAAGGAGACGGAUAUCCACCUUCCUCCUCACGGCCACGGAGCUCCAAUGUUCGCACCUGGCGCUGGCCCAUUCCACGAGCGCCGCUCUCCUCAGUUUGGCAACACGGUCAUCGGCGGACCUAGCGGCGACGAUGAGGGGCAAAUCUUCGAUAUGUCAAUGAUCGCCAACAUCCAGACUAGUGUUGAUGAAUACUCCAAGGAUGACCACUCGAUCAAGGUCAAGGAGACGGAUGUCCACCCUCCUCCCGUUUUCCACGCCCCAGGUCCCUAUGGCGGGCCUGGUGCUCACGGUGGCCCUGGUCCCCAAGGCAAUGGCUUUGACAAGCGUCAGGCACCUGAAGUUGGUGGCACAGUCAUCGGUGGCCCUGGAAGCAAUGCGGCUCCCUGGAAGCACGGCUCCACUGUGAUCGGUGGUCCGUCUGGGGACGAUGCGGGACAGACCUUCUCUCGACCCAUCAAUGUCGAUGUCGCGACUUCAAUCAAGGAGCACUAUGAGGACGAUCAUUCGGUUGACAUCGAUCAAAAGAAUGUCUUCCUUCCACCUCACUUCCCUGCCCACGGCGGUCAUGGUCCUGCUGUCACCCAUGGCGGUCCGUUCCGUCGUGCCUAUUCUCCUGACCGUGCGGUUGGCGGCGCCACCGCCAUCGGUGGCCCUUCUGGCGACGAUCAGGGUAGCAACUUCUUCAACCCUACAUCCGUAGGUGUUGAUACCGAUGUCAAGGAGCACCACGAGGAUAACCAUGCCGUCAAUGUUGACAGCACUACUGUCACCCCUCCUCAGAACGACGUUCCUCACAUGCCUUGGAUGCCCUACAAGGACAACACUCCCAUCAGCCACCCCGGUCCUAUCGCCGCCGACAACCAGUCCGGUCAAGCUCCCCAAGGGCCCAUGACCGAGUCCGAGGAACCUUCUUCUGUUGACCCCACCCGUCAGGACGGCCCUCAGUCUGAGGAUGCCUCUGAGUGCAUGCCCCAGACUCACGAGGUCGUUCACACCGUAACCAAGACCGAGUACAAGGAUGUCCAGUCCACAGUGACCGUCUACGCGACUCCUGUUGAGUCCCAUGCCAUGCAGAUGCCCACCGCUACACCUUCCUCUCAUGCCGCUCAGCCACCUGUCGACCAGAAGAACAGCUACCACCCGAGCUCCGCGGCUCCUUCUUCCAGCUAUGACUACCCCUACCCCUCGCAGUCAUCCGCCAGCUCUCCUGCCAGCUAUUCCAUGAUCCCAGUUGAUGUGCCCGCUGCCUCCUCGUCCCACGCUCCCGCGGCCUACGCCACCCCAUCCGGCAGCUACGCUGUCCCCAGUGGUGCUGAUGCUCUCCGUCAUCCUUCAGGCCGCCCAUCUGGGUCCGCCACUCCCUCCGCUUACAUGUUUGAAGGUAGUGCUGCUCGCAUCUCGGGUGGGUUUGCAUCUGCGGUUGCUGCCGUUGUCGGUGUUCUGGCCUUUGUGCUGUAA